AUGGCGGGCCUUGAACUUCUUUCCGAUCAAGGAUUCCGCGUUGAUGGACGUCGACCACACGAAUUACGGAAAAUUCAGUGCCGACUCGGAGUUUUCGGACAGGCAGAUGGCUCAGCUUAUUUGGAAAUGGGCAACACUAAAGUAUUAGCUGCAGUGUAUGGACCGCAUGAAAUUCGAGGCAGUAAAAGUAAGGUCCAGUAUGAUAAAGUUCUUGUGAAUUGUCAAUACAGCAUGGCAACUUUCAGCACUGGAGAUCGGAAACGUCGUCCACGUGGGGACAGGAAAUCUCAAGAAAUGACCAUUUAUCUUCAACAAACAUUCAAUGCGGCUAUAAUGACCAGUCUCUACCCACGAUCACAGAUUGACAUUUUUGUUGAGGUAUUACAAUCAGAUGGUGGAAAUUACUGUGCCUGUGUAAAUGCAGCUACUCUGGCUAUCAUUGAUGCAGGCAUCCCAAUAAAGGACUACGUCUGUGCUUGUUCAGCAGCACAGUUUAUUCAUAUCUAUCUAUCUAUCUAUCUAUCUAUCUAUCUAUCUAUCAAAUCAGUGGAACGUGAAAAAGUUUAUGACUCGUCACAACAACAAGCUAUCUAUCUAUCUAUCUAUCUAUCUAUCUAA